CGCAGCCCAGUCCAUCCCAGCUCUGCCAGAGCCUCCCCUGCCCUGCUCAUUUUGGGGUCCAACCCCGGCAGGACUCCCCAUGGCCCCCCAGGUGCUCUGAGCAUCCCCCACCCCAGGACAGGUCAGCCCCAGCUGUGCCUGCAGAGGGACCCCGCGAUGCUCCAGGGCUGCCCAGGGAUCCCUGUGCCCACCCCGGGCGUUUCCAGCUGCUCAGAUCUUUGUCCUCAUCCCUGACCAUGAAAGCAGCACAUGGAGCACAAAAUGAGCCUCAUGGACAUCACCAAGAUGUUCUCCCUGCUGCAGCCCGGGGAUGACGAGGAGGGCAGCGAGGAGAGCGAGGAGCUGAGCCAGGCUGUGUGCCAGGACGACCACGAAACGCUGGCCAGGCUGCUGGCCCAGGACAGGUACAAGAGGCUCAUCAACCGGCGGAGCGGCUGGGGGGUCCCCAGCACCCCGCUGCGCCUGGCGGCCACCCGGGGCUGCCUGAGGAGCCUGCGGGUGCUGCUGGCCCACGGAGCCCAGGUGGACAGCCUGGAUGUGAAGGCUCAGACCCCGCUCUUCGUGGCCGUCAGCAACGGGCACCGCGAGUGCGUGCGGGCGCUGCUGGAGCACGGCGCCAGCCCGCUGGGCAGCGCCUACAACAACUGCUCCCCGCUGCUGCUGGCGGCCAGGGACGGGCAGGUGGACAUCCUGCAGCAGCUGCUGGAGCACGGGGCGCAGCCCAAUGUCCAGGCCAGGCUGCCAGAGUGGGCGGCCAACUCGGUGUCCUGCUCGGGGCCGCUCUACCUGGCGGCCGCCUACGGGCACCUGGAGUGUUUCCGGCUGCUGCUGCUGCACGGGGCCGAUCCCGACUACAACUGCACCGAGCAGGGGGUGCUGGCCCACGUCAGGGAGCCCAAAACGCUGCUGGAGACGUGCCUGAGGCACGGCUGUCACGGGGAUUUCAUCAGGCUGCUCAUCGAUUUCGGGGCCAACGUGUACCUGCCCAGCGUGCCCCUGCGCGGGGUGGCAGCGCACAGCGAGGGGAUGGAGCUGCUGCUGCGGGCCAGAGGUGAGCUGGGUGUGUGCCCCAGGGCUGGCAGGGGCACAGCUUUGCUCUGGUUCCAUCUUUGUCCUCAUCCCUGA